AGACCUUGACCGAAGAAGAAGAAGAAGAAGGAAAACAAACGGUCCUGUUGGACUGGACGCAUAUGAUUGUAGCAAGGGGAUGCAUUUGAAACGUUUUUCUGUUUUGGAGUUUGUUUACCAUUGCUUAGUCGCAUUUUAUUGUUAAACUCAAAGAAUUGGUGAUUUGGGACCACCAUGGCCGAUACGGAAACUAGCGGAUGCGAACGUCUGACCACCAAUCAAGUGACUCCUGUGCAGGUAACAGAAGGGACCGAUGGAGAGGCUGUGGAGGCAGUUUCAGAAGCAGCAGCAUCGGUGGACGCUGGAGAAACGGAACACGUUCAUGAAUCUUCCCAUGAACUUUCCAAAGAGAGGGAAGAGGAUAAUGAUGAUGCUGCUGCUGCUGAAAAAGUUAUGGAAAGUGAAGAAGCAGAACUUAAAGAAACUGAGACCGAGGUGAUCCACUCUGUUGGUUCUACAUCUACAUCACAAGCUUUUUCUGCAGAAGAGACAGAGGAGACCGUUACGGUUAAUGAUGGUGAGCCAGGUAGCACCACAGAGCCCCAAAAAGAGGCUCCUGAGGUGAAAUGUGACGAGGGUCUUGAGGUGAUAUCUGAUGAAGGGGUUGAGUCAAAGGCAGAAGAUCUUGCAGUGAAGGAUGAGAGCCUAGAGGAAAGCCCUGCAGUAGCAGAUGUCAGUGAGGAUGCAUGCAUGGACGCAGCUCCUGAUCGUGAGGAAGAGAAAGAAAUAAAAAACACUGAUGAAAACAUGGACACAAGCAAUGACACUAAGGAGGAAGUCUGCACAGAGCAGGAGUCACCCAUCUGCUGUAAACCAAAGGUUUUGACAGCGGGCGAUGAACUCGAUGAGAUGAUGGACAUCGGUACAGUGGAUCAGGUGGAGCAGGAAGCUCAGAUGAAAGAGGAGGAACAGAACAGCUUGAAGGAUAUGGAAAGCAGCCGCUCACCUGAUGCUUCUAAUACAGCCUCAGUGGCGGAGGACAGUAACUGUGUUACGGAGGAAGCUGAUGUGAAACCCACAACUUCAGACUUGAUGCAGUCCAGCUCGUCUCCAUCGUCUGAGGCCACAGGAAGUACAGGAAGAGACAGCUCGUCACCAGCGAUGAUGUUGAACGGCAUGAAAGUCGUCAAGCUUUCUAUACCGAGAUUAGACGUUGAGAGGCUGCACACUUCAACCCAAAGUGUCAAGUUGUCUCCUUCACCUCCGUUGGUCACUGUGAAGGACGAGCCGGUGGAUGAGGAAUAUGAACAAGCUCUAAUGUCCAGUUCCUCUACAGCAAGCGUGAAAGAUGAGCCUAAUACUGCAAGGGACGACCUGAGGAUCGGAUCCGUGUAUUCUGAGAGUUCUGAAACGCAGACGCUGCCCAUCGUCAGCCCGCCGUCUUCGCACAUGUACUGCGCUCACUGUAAGAAGAACCUGAUGAAGGGACAGACGGCUUUCCAGAGGAAGGGCUCUCCAGCGCUCUUCUGCUCCACCACCUGCCUCUCAUUGUCUCAGGCCAGGGGAGCCACUAAAAUCUGCCACAACUGCCAAAAGUUGAUAAUUCGGCCUCAAGACGUCAUCCUGGCUCCGGAUCUCAAAGGACUCAUGAAAGAGUUCUGUGGCCAGAUUUGCCUGACGUCCUUCAACUACAAGAAAACUGUCACCAACUUCAGGAAAACUGCUGUUGCUGUGAAAGCUCUACAGACUGUACCACAGUCACUCUGCAGCAUGUGCACCAGAUACUGUGUCAGCAAACAUGAGGUGAUACUGAGCGGCGCUGUCCACAAGAUGUGCAGUGACGCCUGCUUUAACCGCUUCCGUACUGUAAAUAACCUUUCGAUGGCGGGCUGCGCCAACUGUGGCUCGUACUGCCACAGCAAACCGCUCAUGCUGAAGCUGGAAGAGGGCAGCAAAACCGUGUGCAACCUGGAUUGUUUGGGGAAAUACAAAGAGAAAAGCAAGAUAACCAAGAUGACCCAGCCGUGCACAAUGUGUCGCACCGCCCGCUUUCUGGCAGAAAUGGUGGACAGCAAAAACAGUGAUGACUCUGUGGAUCUUUUCUGCAGCAGCAGCUGUGUGAUGGCGUACAAAGUCCAGACUGUUAGUUCUUCAGGUGCUCGGAUAAACUGUGAUAACUGUGGCAAAAACAGCGUACCGUCCUACCACUUGGCCAUGUCCGAUACCUCCAUCAGGAAUUUCUGCACUCUCCCGUGUGUCAUGGCUUUUCAGGAAAAAUUUAAGCAGUCGCAGAAGCAGGUGAAUGUUUUUACGAAGCUGCCCAUGGGAUCGUCCCAAAUUCAGCCCGUUAGUACAACGCCAGUGCAACAGGAGGCAAAAGUGUCCCAGAAAGUGAACUGCUUCCAGUGCUCCCGCGUCAUCACUUUUAAACCCGAGCUCAUCCAGAUUAAGGACAAGAUGGUUUUUCUGUGCAGCGUGGACUGUUCUCACGAGUUUAAGAAAGCCAACAACGUCACGAGUGUGUGCGAGUACUGUAUGAUCGAAAAGAUCACCAGAGACGUGAAGAGAGUCAACAACAAAGACUGUUACUUCUGCAGCGACGGCUGUAAGCUCCUGUUCAGACACGACUUGAGUAAAAACUGGGGGAAGCACUGUCACUCCUGUGUUUACUGCCACUCCGUUUCAAAGAAGCUGGUGACGGCGCAGUACGGAGGCUCGACGGAGGAGUUCUGCUCGGAGGAGUGCAGGUCCAAGUACACCAUGCUGUUCUGCCACGUAAUCGGGAGCGACUUCCUACUGAGACGUUUUAAGUUUGUUGCUGUUUUGCUUUCAGCCUGCACAGGAGAGGCCACACCUGUGAUCGCCAACGUCAUCUCGCUCGCUGGCACGCCAAAAGGAAAACCUAACACUUCUGAUAGAAGUGUCCAACAAAGUACAGCAUCAAACUCUCAGUCAAAGACCUCUGGACACAUCAGCAUUCAGACCGAAACGGUGAAGACUCAUCCUCCUCCCCCAGCUAAAAUCCUGAAGAACAAGGCUCUGCUGUGUAGACCGCUGGUGCAGAACAAAGGAGUCUCCUGCAAAACGCAGACGGUCGACGUGGAGGCACAGACGGAUGAUAUCUUCCCAAAAAUGGUGAUCCUGCCUGUUCCUGUGCCGGUGUACCUUCCUGUACCCAUGAAUAUGUACAGCCAGUGCACUCCCAAGCCUGUCGGCCUGCCGUUACCUCUUCCUGUGCCAAUGUUUCUUCCUGUGACGAUGGACAGUGCUGAGCGCAUUGUGGAAACCAUCCAGGAGAUCAAACAGAAGAUCCCGUCCGAUCCGUACGAGGCAGAACUCAUCCUCAUGGCGGAGAUGGUGGCCGAAGACGACGAGAACAACGACAAGCCGGAGACGCGCAAAGAGGAAAAAGCUGUGAAAAAAACGCCUGAAAAGCAAGAAGCACCCGUCACAGAUGACCAUGUCAGUAACUACAGCGAUGACUUGGACACAGACGAACUGGCCACUUUCCUCAACAGCUGGGAGGAUGCUUCCUCUGACGCGGGGCCCUUGUCACCAAGUAAAACCUACGCCAGCGAGAAGUUCAACUCAGUUUUAGAUGUAUCUGUGGGCAUGCCCAGUGAGCCCGAGCCCGCACCACCUCCUGGUCCGCCUCCCAUGGACAUCGAAGCCGACUUCACUGUUGAAACUCUGGAAAGGAUGGCCAAACAAAGAGAGCAGUGCAGCAAGUCCCCAAGCCCCCCGCCUGCUGCUCCAGUACGACGACAAGCUCACAGGAAAGCCAGAGAGAAGAGGGGUCGUAAGCCACAGCGUCAGUCUAAGGCUGCUGAAACGUCUUCGGCAAAGAGUACUUCCAAAAAGCCCGUGGAAGUAGAAAUCCCAAAACUGAAGAGUGAAUAUGGAGUCGAUGCCUGGAAGCGAUGGAUCCAGUGGAGGCAAACUCAGCCCAACCUGGAGAAUCCACGCUUUGGCUGUUAUAUCCACUCCCGUGUGGAGGAGGAGUUUUUGUGGGACUGUAAACAGCUGGGGGCGUACUCCCCCAUCGUCCUCCUCAACACUCUGCUCUUCUUCUGCUGCAAGUACUUUGGCUUCACCAAGGUGGAGCAGCACCGUCAGCUGUCCUUUGCACAUGUCAUGCGCUGCACAAAAACCAAUCUAAACAACACCAAGACCACAUUCCUGCGCUUCUACCCACCGCUGUCUGGACCCGAGGCGGAGUCAGAUGCAGAGGGUGGCCCAGCGAAGAAGCGGAAGGAGGAGGAGAGUAAAGAAGAAAUCCUGGAGAUGAUGGAGAACACGGAGAACCCUCUCCGCUGUCCCGUGAGACUCUACGAGUUCUACCUCUCAAAGUGCUCGGAGUCAGUUAAGCAGCGAACCAACAUGUUCUACCUGCACCCCGAGCGCUGCUGUGUCCCCAACAGCCCGCUGUGGUUCUCCUCCACCGCUCUGGACGACACCACCAUGGAGGCCAUGCUCAUCCGCAUCCUCACCGUCAGAGAGCUGCAUCUUGACACAAAGCAGCAGACGAGCGAUGACCCACCGUUUAUACCCGAGGAGGAGGAGGAUUCGGAGUGAACGUGAAGUGACCUUUUACCGGAGUUGCAGCUAGUGAUGUAAAUGUUUGGAUAUUAUCAAAAAUGUUCGCUGAACAUAAACGGACAGGAAAAAAAAACAUUCACAACAGCAGUAUGAAACAGCAAAGAGUCACAUUUCAAACGCACGUUUGGACAGAACCUCCGAUUCACAUCGCUUAUGUAGAGGUGAGGCUGAGAUGCUGGACUCAGCUCAGCAUUAAAGACUGUUUACUGCUCAGCAGGGCACGCAGCUGCCCUCCUGUGUUUAUGUGGUUGUGUCUUAUGGAAAAUACUACUUUUAUCUCCUUCCAUGUGUUAUGAUUCCUGACCUUCCUGUGCACACUGGACUUCCAAGUUUUUCUAAAGCUAGCCCUCCAUCUCGGAGUGAUGGAGGUCCCGAAUAGAGAGCUGCAUAUUGUUAGUUUCACUACAUUCACACCUCGGAGGCCAAAAUGAACACGUCUGUGUUUGCAGUAGUUAGAAUAUUUCCUGGGUCAGUACUUUUGCACACCUCAAGAAUUGUUGCAAUCUCACUUUGAGAAAACACAGUUUUAACAUCUGACUGGAGAUUUUACCUGAAUCAUGAUUUGAUUGAUUUUUCUUCCAGAUUCCUGUUUAAGUUGUGAUGCUAAACGUUGAAAAUGUACACAAUUCACACUUUGUGUUUUGUGGUUAACAGAUAAUCCUCAGAUACUUUAAAGGAUCUUAUCAAUCUGAAAAGAAAUUACAGUAUCGAACAAUGUAAAAAUCAUCAUUGGUGCCUGAUUGAAGGGAUUAAAGAUUUUGGAAGUGAUUCAAUUACAUUUUAAGAAAUUUGAGAUUUGAAUGUUAGGUAGCUGCUAUCCCUAAUUAUGACUUUAAAGCAAUCUGAGAAGAGAAAGGCCUACAACUCUAAAGUUUUAAACUCAUUUUGGGAUUCUGUUUCAUGCUAAACAAACCUUAAAGCAGUGAGUUUUUGCAUAAUGAGCUCUGGUAUUAUAUGAAAGCAAAUAAAGCUGUCCGUUUGUGUAUGUCUAGAUUAUUUUAACCCCCUUAGAGUAUGGCUGCAGAGGUUCUCUUGAGUGUUUUCUAUUAUAUGUUCAUUUUGAAUAAAAAAAAAAACA